UUAUAUAUAUGUAUACACUUUGUAACAAGCUUCGCUACUUUUUUCUAUAUUAUUUUGUGAAAUAAAAAGGGGAAAUAAUAAAGAUGGGAAAAUUUUAUAGGCAAAAAAAUAAUCGUUUUCGUCGUAAUGCUCGUCCUAAAAACAAAAGAACCAACGAAGAACCCGGCGCAGUUGUUGAGAGAGAAUUAAAAUUAAAAAAUCUAUCUGAAAUCGAUGUUGGGAUUACUGAGUUUGUAAGUGUUAUGGAAGGGUUUACUGGUGUUUUAAAAGCCCGGUUCUCUGAUUUUCAUGUAAAUGAAAUUGAUCUUGAUGGCAAUGAAGUUAAACUUACAACUCAAUUACUACCAACACCAAUAUGUACCGAUUUAGGUGCUGUUAAACUAGAAAAAAAUAAAAAAGAUUUAGAGGCUAUUUUGACUCCAGAAGUUUGGUUGAAAGUCGAUAAUUUACUCAAAAGUAGUUCUAUGGAAGAUAGUGUUGAUAUUAAUGUUAAUGGUUUAACAAAAGAGAGGAGAGAAAUGGUUCACAAAACAUUGAAAGAAGUCUAUGGAAAUAAAAUAAUAAGUACUACUGAUACAGUAAAUAACCAAAAAUUUAUAAGCAUAUCUAAAGCUAAGGGAGGACAAGGAGAAAAACGAAUACGAUGGACAUGGCCUGGAGAGUACGUACAUUUCGUACUUCACAAAGAAAACACAGAUACUGUACAAGCCGCGUCUGAUUUGGCCAGUAGAUUGAAAGUUCAUCCUUCUCACAUUAAUUAUGCAGGAACUAAGGACAAACGUGCUAAGACAACCCAAAAAUUUUGUGUUAGAAAGAAGGAACCUGAACAUAUUUUACGAUCAGCCAGAAAUUUUUCAUACCUUAAAGUGGGAAAUUUUGAAUUUAAAGAUAAAGUUUUAAAAUUGGGCGAGCUUAAAGGAAAUAGAUUUAAAAUUGCUUUGCGUCAUAUUGACGGUGAUGAAGACAAAAUAGUAAAAUGUCUUGAGUCUAUAAGAGAAAAAGGAUUUAUUAACUACUAUGGUUUACAAAGAUUUGGAAACUGUGCCGAUGUUCCUACGUAUUUAGUAGGAAUAGCGCUUUGCAAAAGUGAUUACAAACAAGCUUGUGAGCUAAUUUUAAAGCCGCGUGAAACAGAUCUGCCAUUUUUAAAAAAAGUGCGAGAAACAUGGUGGGAAAAUAGAAAUUCUGCUGAAGCAGCAGCCAUGAUUAAAAGCAAUAAAUUCAUUGAAAAAAAAUUGCUUAGCGGAUUAGCCGACUUUGGCGAAAAUGAUUAUGCGAAUUCUUUACGUCGCAUACCUAGAAACAUGUUGAUGCUCUACACUCAUUCUUUCCAAAGUCUCAUAUGGAAUCGAAUAGCAUCUAAGCGUAUAGAAAAAUAUGGAUUAGAUUUACUUGUUGGCGAUUUAGUUUUCCGUGACGAUAUUCAAAGUGAAGAAAAUGUUGAAGAAAUUGUGGAAAAUAUUGAUGAGGUCUUACAAAAUGAGGAGUCAGCUGAACGACGUGAUGAAGACGAUACUGAAGCAAAUGACCAAAAUAAUGACAAUGUUGACAAUAAAAAUGUUGAGGUUAAAUCUAAAUAUAAAGAAAAAGUCCGACCAUUACAAUUGGUAGACAUUAAAAGUGGUAAAUAUACAAUUUAUGAUGUAUUGUUACCUCUUCCUGGUUGGGAUGUGUCGUAUCCCAAAAACGAAACUGAAGAAUGGUAUAGAGAGGCUUUGGAAGAACAUGGUUUAACAUCUGAAAAGCUUAAAAAUAAUGUAAGAACUUAUUCCCUUACUGGAGCUUAUAGAAAACUAAUUGUAAAACCAGAAAAUAUGAGCUGGACUUUUAAGAAAUAUGAUUCAACCACAUCUGUUUUAAUAGCAUCAGAUUUUGAAAAUUUAAAAGGGAAAAAAGCAGACGACGACUUGCCAGACGGCAAGUAUAAAGCGCUCCUGUUGGAUUUUACACUACCAUCGUCCUCAUAUGCAACAAUGACCUUGAGGGAAAUUUUAAAAGCAGACACAUCAGUAAUGUCUCAAGCGCGUAUAGGAAUGGAAUCUGAAUUAAGAAAGAAUGAAGAAAACGCUAAAAGAGAACAUGAAAAUAAUUCUGCAGAAGACGACCAACCAGCAAAGAAAAUUAAAAUUUAAUUAUUUUCUACACAGUGUGCAAGACCAAAUAUUUCUGGCCUACAGUAAAUGUGUUUGAAUAACAAUAUUUCAUAGAUUAAAUAUAUUUCAAAGCACGUGAUAUCUGUUGGAACUUUUCAAAAUAAUAACAUAUUUAAAUACUUAAGAAAAGUUUUUGAUGUGUUAAAUUUGUUUUUUUUUGUUUGUGACAUACAUACAUAUAUGUAUGUAUUAUAGUCAAGCGUGUUCCCCAUUUAAAGUAAAUGCACUUUCUUUUUAUAUAUUUAUUAAAAGUUCUAAAGUUAUAGAAUUUUAUAAUA